AUGAUUGAUCAGUGGCGAUCGCGAUCAAUAUUGAAACUUGUAAUAUUAUCGUUUUUACUUGCUCAAAGUUUUGCAAAAUUGAUUGUUUAUGAUGAUCAAGAUUCCGAAAUUGGAUCAUAUAAUCAAGUGGAUUUUAUGGGUCUUGAUCUCCAAAGUUACGAAAGUUUCUUUGGAGGUUUGACAGUUGCGAAAUUCGUAAAUAGUGGAUGUAUAAUAAAUGAUUUACCUGAAAAUACAACAAUUUUGGUGAUCCCUUUUGAUGAAGCAUUGAAUUCAGGAUGUGAAUCUUAUGCAGAUGUUUUAGUAAGUAAUAAAUGGGUACAUCCCGAAGAAAAUGAUGGAAAAGAACCGGAAAUUUCGAGUUCUACUGUUAGUGAUUUAAUACGCACUAAAAAUAAUAAACUAGUCGUUACCAGUAAUACUGAUGACACUACUACCAGUUCUCCCAAUCCUACCAGUGAUAUCAAUCAUACUGGAGACAUUACCCAACCUUCAUCGGUGGCAACAGAGUCUUCGAGCAAUGCUGCAAUAACUAAUUUAUCACAUGAAUCGCAAGAUUCAGAAACAACUUUCACGUCAAUUUCUCCAAAAGAGACCAAUUUUAUAAGCUCUUCACCCCCAGUAGCAACAGAAGCCAUUACAACUAAUUUAUCACAUAAACCACAAGAUUCAGAAACAACUCUCACGUCAAUGUCUCCAAAAGAGACCAAUUUUAUAAGCUCUUCACUUCCAGUAGCAACAGAAGCCAUUACGACUAAUUUGUCACAUAAAUCACAAGAUUCAGAAACAACUCUCACGUCAAUGUCUCCAAAAGAGACUAAUUUUAUAAGUUCUUCAUUCCCAGCAACAGAACCUUCGAGCGAAGCCAUUACGACUAAUUUAUCACAUGAAUCAUCGUAUUCAGAAUUGACUCCAACAUUAACGUCCUCACAAGUGACCAAUUUUAUAAGUUCUUCAGAUAAAAUGCUUACCGCAUCGACAUCGGAUAAAAUACUUUCCACAUCGACAUCGGAUAAAAUAUUUUCCACAUCGACAUCGGAUAAAAUACUUUCCACUUCAACAGAUGAUACACUUUCCAUUUUGUCUCAGUCCACUUUGACAGGAGAUUUACCUCCCACUCCCGCUUCAGAGUUGCUUUCCACUUUGAUAUCUUCAGUAGGUGGUGUGCUUUCCACUGCGUUACCCACUUUGACAUCUCCAGUAAAUGAUGUGCUUUCCACAGUAAAUGAUGUUCUUCCCAUUUUGACAUCUCCAGUAAAUGGUGUGCUUUCUACAGUAAAUGGCGUUCUUCCCACUUUGACAUCUCUAGUAGAUGGUGUUCUUCCCACUUUGAUAUCUCCAGUAAAUGGUGUACUUUCUACAGUAGAUGGUAUACUUCCCACUUUGACAUCUCCAGUAAAUGGUGUUCUUUCUACAGUAAAUGGUGUUCUUCCCACUUUGACAUCUCUAGUAGAUGGUGUGCUUCCCACUUUGAUAUCUCCAGUAAAUGGUAUACUUUCUACAGUAGAUGGUGUUCUUCCCACUUUGAUAUCUCCAGUAAAUGGUGUGCUUUCCACAGUAAAUGAUGUUCUUCCCACUUUGAUAUCUCCAGUAAAUGGUGUGCUUUCUACAGUAAAUGGUGUUCUUCCUACUUUGACAUCUCUAGUAGAUGGUGUGCUUCCCACUUUGAUAUCUCCAGUAAAUGGUGUACUUUCUACAGUAGAUGGUGUUCUUCCCACUUUGACAUCUCUAGUAGAUGGUAUACUUCCCACUUUGAUAUCUCCAGUAAAUGGUGUACUUUCUACAGUAGAUGGCAUACUUCCCACUUUGACAUCUCCAGUAAAUGGUGUUCUUUCUACAGUAAAUGGUGUUCUUCCCAUUUUGACAUCUCUAGUAGAUGGUGUGCUUCCCACUUUGACAUCACCAGUAAAUGGUGUGCUCUCUACAGUAAAUGGUAUUCUUCCCACUUUGACAUCUCUAGUUGAUGGUGUGCUUCCCACUUUGACAUCUCAAAUAAAUGAUGUACUUUCCACAGUAAAUGGUAUUCUUCCCACUUUGACAUCUCUAGUAGAUGGUGUGCUUCCCACUUUGACAUCACCAGUAAAUGGUGUGCUUUCUACAGUAAAUGGUGUUCUUCCCACUUUGACAUCUCUAGUUGAUAGUGAGCUUCCCACUUUGACAUCUCCAAUAAAUGAUGUACUUUCCACAGUAAAUGGUGUUCUUCCCACUUUGACAUCUCUAGUAGAUGGUGUGCUUCCCACUUUGACAUCACCAGUAAAUGGUGUACUUUCUACAGUAAAUGGUAUUCUUUCCACUUUGACAUCUCUAGUUGAUGGUGUGCUUCCCACUUUGACAUCUCCAAUAAAUGAUGUACUUUCCACAGUAAAUGGU